AUGAGGAACCAAACAUAUGUGGCCGAAUUCCUUCUGCUUGGCCUUUCCAGAAGCUUGAAGAUCCGUCUUUUAUUGCUUGGACUUUUCUCUGUAGUCUACGCUGUCUCCCUGGUGGGCAACACAAUCAUUCUGAUGCUCAUCUGGCUGGAUGCCCGACUCCACACGCCCAUGUAUUUCUUCCUGAGCCAACUUGCCUGUGUGGACAUCUGCUAUACUUCCAGCACAAUCCCCCAGAUGCUGGCCAACCUUCAAAGCCCAAGACAAACCAUCUCAUUGGCUGCAUGUGCCAUACAAAUGCAUGUUUUCCUGGCAUUGGCUAUUACUGAAUGCAUUUUGCUUGCAGUAAUGGCAUAUGAUAGGUAUGUAGCAAUAUGCCAUCCACUGCAUUAUGUCUUCCUCGUGAACAAGACAAUGUGCAUGAAAUUAGCCAUGACUUGCUGGACUGGUGGUCUUGUCCUGCCAGUGGUCCAUACCGUUCUUACCUGGCAGUUGCCAUUCUGUGGCCCUAACUUGAUAGAUCACUUCUUUUGUGAAAUGCCAGCUUUGCUGAAGUUGGCAUGUGCUGAUACCCAAAUGGUUCAAAAGGUUACUUCGGUGGGCUGCAUUUUCACCUUGCUUAUUCCCAUCUCCUUUAUCUUGAUGACUUACAUCCGCAUCCUAGCAACCAUCUUGAAAAUCCAACCUGCACAAGGGCAGCACAAAGCUUUCUCCACAUGUGGUUCCCAUAUGACUGUUGUGGUGCUUUUCUAUGGCAGUGCCAUAUUUAUGUACAUGAGACCAGAGUCCAGCCACUCUCCAGGCCAGGACAAAAUGGUCUCUCUUUUCUAUAGCAUUGUCACCCCCAUAUUCAAUCCCAUGAUAUACUGUCUAAGGAGCAAGGAAAUGAAAGAUGCCUUUCUAAAAAUGCUGCAAUGGUACAAGCUUUGA